CCUCCAUCGCUUGUCCUCCACAUCCCCUGAGGUCUUCAAUCUCCUCUUCAACCCCUUUCCUAUCACCAGACUCCAUUCCCUUAGGCUCACAAUGGCUGCUCCCGCCGACAACCAGGUCUUCCGGGCCACUACUACCGCCCCUGUCAACAUCGCCGUCAUCAAGUACUGGGGCAAACGUGAUGCUGUUCUCAACCUGCCUACCAACUCUUCCCUCUCCGUCACGCUUUCGCAGCGUUCCCUCCGUACCCUCACGACCGCCUCUUGCGCACCCUUCUACCCCGCCAAGGACGAGCUGACCCUGAACGGCAACCUCCAAGACAUCCAGUCCUCCAAGCGUACCCUUGCCUGCCUGGCCAGCCUGCGCUCUCUCCGUCGUGAGCUUGAGGAGGCCGACUCUUCGCUUCCCAAAUUGUCCACCUUCCCUCUCCGCAUCGUCUCCGAGAAUAACUUCCCCACCGCCGCCGGUCUCGCCAGCUCCGCUGCCGGUUUUGCGGCUCUCGUUCGCGCCGUGGCAGACCUCUACAAGCUGCCCCAGUCUCCCCGCGAACUGAGCCGUAUCGCUCGCCAGGGAUCUGGCUCCGCCUGCCGUUCCUUGAUGGGCGGCUACGUCGCCUGGCGCGCUGGAAGUCUGGAGGAUGGUAGUGACAGCCUGGCAGAGGAGGUUGCGCCCCAGUCCCACUGGCCUGAGAUGCGCGCCGUUGUCCUAGUUGUCAGCGCUGCGAAGAAGGACGUUCCCAGCACCGAGGGUAUGCAGACGACCGUCGCGACGUCCAACCUCUUCGCUACCCGCGCGAACACCGUUGUCCCGGAGCGGAUGGCUGCCAUUGAGACCGCCAUCCAGAACCGCGAUUUCCCUGCCUUUGCGGAGAUCACGAUGCGCGACUCUAACGGCUUCCACGCCACUUGCUUGGACUCUUGGCCCCCGAUCUUCUACAUGAACGACGUCUCCCGUGCUGCCGUCAGACUUGUGCACGAUAUCAACCGCGCAGUUGGCCGGACCGUCUGUGCUUACACCUUCGAUGCUGGCCCGAACGCUGUCAUCUACUACCUUGAGAAGGAUACCGAGCUUGUUGCCGGUACCAUUAAGGCUAUCCUUGGCGAGGAGGGUGAGGGCUGGGAGGGUCCUUUCUAUGAGCCUCUGAGGAACCUCACCGCCCCGGGUGUGUCCCUGGACCAGGUGGAUCCCCGGACUGUGGAGUCGCUCAAGGAUGGAGUGAGCCGCGUGAUCCUGACUGGUGUUGGUGAGGGCCCCAUCUCGGUGGACGAGCAUCUUGUCAGCGAGAAGGGUGAUAUUCUCUCUUGCUAGAGACUGCAUCUCAUCUGGGAGGCCUGAAACACCCGCAACUAAUGAGUCAAGAGUCCUGAACAACGGAUCAUCUUGAGAUAAGAUACCCAUGCUUUGCAUCUGUUGCAAACUUCCCAGGUUAUUGGUCUUCUAGCAUCGCCAGUUCUAGGAGAUUCAAUUCCGUAUAUACUUCCAAUUGGGCUAUUAAUACCUGCUCCAUACGCCACAUAUAAGCAUUUAAUUGAACCAGAUUAGCUGUCUGAUUCCCUUAAUUUCAAAUCUAUGACUUUUAAUGAC